AUGAUGGAAUCCAAAGACUCCAAAGUUGAGAAGGUCGCCGAAAUGACAGAGCAAGUUGGACCAGAGUCACACAAAGAACCGGGACCUCAGUACUUGAUCGAUCCAGAGGACGAAAAAAGGGUUCUCAGGAAGCUGGACCGGGUCAUUCUUCCCCUUAUGGCUCUCGUCUACUUCUUUCAAUAUCUCGACAAGCAAAGCAUCAACUAUGCCGCCAUCUUCGGCCUCCAAGACGAUCUGAGUCUGACCGGCACCGAGUUCUCGUGGGCCAUCUCGCUGUUCUACUUCGGCCAGUUCUGCUCAGAGUAUCCAGCUGCUUAUUUGAUGAGCCGCCUGCCCAUCACCAGAUUCGUCGGCGCGACCAUCGUUCUCUGGGGUGUCACCGAGAUGUGUCUCGGCGCGACCGCAGAUUUUCCGAGUCUGGGAGCAGUACGAUUCUUACUCGGCUUCACCGAAGGUGCAGUCUCGCCUUCAUUCAUGAUCAUCACGAGCAACUGGUACAAACGGAGCGAGAACCCCGUCAGGAUAGCCACGUGGGUUUCGAUGUUCGGUGUAUCCCAAAUAGUCGGGGCUCUCAUGAUGUACGGAAUCGGCACGGCGGGCGACAACAUGGAAAUUGAGUCAUGGAGAGUCAUGUUCUUGGUAUGCGGUGGCCUGACCGUGGGCUCUGGGAUACUAUUCCUUGUCGUCAUGCCACGCGAUGCUACAACAGCAUGGUUUUUGAACGAGCAAGAGAGACGAAUUGCCGCCGAGCGGCUUGCACUUGAGAGGGCAACAAGAGACAGGGCCGAGUUCAACAAGAAACAGGCUCAAGAAGCCUUGACGGACCCGCGUACGUUUCUGUACGCUAUGAUGGCCUUGUGUAUAACAAUACCCACGCCAAUCGUAAAGGUUUCUAUCUCCAUGUACCGAGUGGAACACGUUUCAAGAGCUGACCGCUUCAAGUUCUCAUCCAAAGUCAUUCACGGCUUUGGCUACAGUUCACUACGAACCAUGCUCGUCGGCCUACCGGGAGGCGCUAUUGCGUUCGUCCUUGUCUGGGUCGGUGCCAUGGGCCCGCGGUACUUGGACAACGCACGCUGCUUUUUCGGCAUGUUUCUCGCCCUGAUGCCCCUGCUUGGAAGCCUCUUGCUCCUACUGCUCACACAACCCUGGGGCAUCGUGGUCAGCACGUGGUUCGCUGGUUGCACCGCUCCUCCUCUCGGCCAGGUUGUCGGCCUGAUGGCGUCGAAUGUCAAGGGAAACACAAAGAAGUCUGUCAACGGCGCUGUCUUCUUCGUCUUCUACUGCGUUGGCUGUAUUGUCGGCCCGCAGCUGUGGCAAGCCGAAGAUGCCCCGCACUAUCGGAAGGGAUGCAUUGCGAGCAUAGCUAGUUAUGCCUGUUUGAUUUUGAGCUUACUGGCUUACUACCUGUCGGGCGUGAGGAGCAAUCGUAAGCGCGAUGGGGAGGAUGAGUCCACAGUCAUGUCAGCCGAUGAGGACCUAACGGAGCGAGAAGAUCGGGCUUUUCGGUUUACCUUGUAG